UACAGCUAACUUUUACAGAAGCUCGGAAGAGAAGGAAGGGCAGUGCGAAGAAGGGAAAGUUGAUGAAAGAGGAAAAUGUCGGGAAUCCCGCGCGAACUGAUUCGCCAGGUUCAGAUCUCCACUCGGGCGGCGGCAAAUUUAUCGGAUUACGACCCGUCGGACGUGACCCUGCCUGAGUUGCCAUCUCUCUCCUCCGAAAUAGUUUCCUCCGAUUUGCCGCCGCAUCUCUGCUGCGACAACUGUAAAGGGAGGCUCCCUAGAGGAGCAGAGUCUAUUAUCUGCUUGUACUGUGGUCGGCGCCCUAAUUACGAUGCUCUCCCUGAGCCCAUCUCUUUUACUUCCAGCGUUGGGUAUAAGUGGUUGCUUCGCGCUCUCCGUCUCGAUGGAUCGGAAAUGGUGGAUCCAGCGGAAAAGAGUGAAUGGGAACGAGGCGUGAGUUCUACUAAAGGUUUAACACCCUUAUCAGAUUUUUUGGAUUUUAAGAUUCACUGGCCUGCUGAGACAGGGAAUGGAGAGACUAACAUUUCAGACAACCUUUCAAAAGAGAGUAGAUUCACUAAUUUAAAUGGAGUGGAUCCAGGUAAGUUUUUUCCUAAGUUGAACAGAGAUGUUACCUUUGAUCCUUCCACUGAGCAGCCACUUAAGGAAAACAAGAUUGGCACUGCAGACAAGGAGACUGUUGAAACUUAUGAACAGCCGAAUUUAUUUCAAAAUGUUCAGUCAUUUGAACCACUGGACAGCUCUCCCCAAGACGAUACCAAUGAUGAUUUUUCCGAAUGGAAGGCCGAUUUCCAGUUUGCUGGUUCUCAAAAUCAAGAGGGCAAUUAUAAGUCUGCUGGGAAUUUUGCAGAUUUCUCAGCUGAUUCUGAAAAUAAUUUCCAGGUUUCCAAACCAAUGGACUAUUCAAUAGGUCCGGAGAUUGAUCUCGGUGCUCAAAUUGAUUCUGUCUUUGGUCCUGGAAAAGAGUUUGAUGAUGGGAAACCAAAAGAAAAUCCAGUUGCUUUUCCAGUAUCCAAUGACCUAUGGAAUAAUCUUAGCUCCAUUAAGUCCCAUUCAGUUGAUGGGUUUGAUGCCUCUGUGAGCACUAAGGACGGGGGUCAUGAUGUUCUUGCAUUUGAAACUUCAAGGGAUCUUUCUACAAGUGCUGAUUUGCUGCAAGAUUUUCAGUUGCAGCCCAACUAUGCAGACAUUUCACUUAAUAAAGCCUCAAAUGAGGAUCACAAAACAAUUAAUUUCGAAUCAUUUGGAGACGAGACAAUAGAUUUGAACUCAUCUGAAGAAUGGAACGAUUUUGCUGGUUUUUCCAGUUUCCAAGGCCCAUCCCAAAUUGCACCUGAAUAUCAAUAUUCUACUUCAGAAAAAGAUACUCCAGAGAUAGAUUUAUUCAACUUUGACAGUAAGUUUGACGACGGAGAUUUUGGUAGCUUUUCACAGCCAGACCUCUUUUCUGCCUCAAAUAGCAACAAUAAUUCUCUCCUUGAAGUCAACGAGAUCAUAUCGGAAAAUCCUGCUUCAAUCAGUAUUUUUGUCAGGUCGGAUGUUAGUACCAUCAUCCUCCCUGAUGCUUCGGGACAACCUUCAAAAACUGAAGACAUAGUUGUAAAACCAGUGAAAGAUGACGAUGUCAAGACACUGAUUUCGCAGAUGCAUGAUCUUUCUUUCAUGCUGGAAACAGAACUUUCUGUCCCCGCCUCUUCAGAAACCCACGAUAACGAUUAAGGACCUGUGUGGUUUUACAACACUGAUCAUAUUCAUAUGUUUAUUUCUUGACGUAUAAUGUGAAUUCAGUGUCAUUCAGAGUUGUGGGACAUUUUUAUGGUCAAGUCCCACAGGUUUCAUACCUCGUUUGGUUUACAGAUCUGCUGUAGAACAAGGUACAUCUCGUUUAGGGGAGCUGUAGCUUUUUCUACGUGAUAGUUGUUCAUAUUUUUCUGAUGCUGUAUUAUGUCUUCUUCACUCAAACCUUUUUUUUUUUUUUCUUAAAUAAUAGAAUUAAGAGAAACACACCCUCAUUGUGUCCAUGUGUGUACUUAUGUUUAUGAGUAUUUUGGUGUGUUAUGAUAAGAUGUUUUAAAUAAAAAGUAGUUUGGUUCGA